AUGUUUUUAUUGGAAAUUCCAAUUUUUAGCGUAUGUAUAAAACAACCCGUGCACAAUGAAAACCAUCCGCUCUUCCUCAUGCUCUCUUUCCUGCUCCUAGCCGCUCUCGCCUGGACUUCAAGCUUCGGGCAAUUUCUAGCUCCUCCUCCGAUCAACGAUCUGGACGUUGAACAAUGCAUUACUGAUCACCGUUUUCAACAAGAUUACAGACAUCGCAGUGAAAUCGAGGAGGAGUGUAUCAAGCAGCUAUUGAUGAUUCCUCCGAUGUAUGCGGAUUUUGACUAUUAUUAUUGA